UUUGGGAAAUUAAAAAUAAAUAUUAUAAACGCCCACGACGAGUUAUCGAAGAAUUCAAAGACAAGUAAUUAUUAUUAUUAUUUAGCCUAAAGUGAUGGUGAAAGUCCAGGUUGCAGAAGGAAUACUUGAAGGAUUAAAAGAAACCAAUAAGUAUGGUGGAGAAUUUUAUAGCUUCAGAGGAAUUCCUUACGCAGAACCACCUAUAGGUAACCUUCGAUUCAAGGCUCCACAAUCAAAAAAACCAUGGAAAGGAGAUCGUCAAGCCCAUUUCCAUGCAUCUAUGUGUUAUCAGUAUGAUUAUAUUAAAAAGACGAUUCAAGGCAAUGAAGAUUGCUUGUACCUCAACGUAUAUACGCCAGAACUUGAACCAGUUACUCCUUUUCCAGUAAUGUUUUGGAUCCACGGCGGUGGUUUAGUGAGCGGGAGUGGAAACGACAACAUGUACGGUCCCGAGUUUCUUGUAAAACAAGGAGUUAUUCUUGUAACAAUUAAUUAUAGACUCGAAGUUCUCGGCUUUCUAUGUCUUCACACCAAAGAUAUUCCGGGUAAUGCAGGAAUGAAGGAUCAGGUAGCCGCUCUGCGAUGGGUCCAGAAAAACAUCAGGAACUUUGGUGGUGAUCCACAAAAUGUUACCAUAUUUGGUGAAAGUGCAGGAGGAGCAUGUGUGUCAUUCCAUUGCUUAUCUCCUAUGAGUAAAGGCCUCUUCAAAAGGGCGAUAAUUCAAAGUGGUUGUGCAACCAGUUGGUUACCGAACAUAUCCAUGCCUCGAGAAAGAGCUAUAGCACUCGCCAAAGAAUUAGGCUGCAGUUCCGAAAACGACGGUGAUAUUUAUCACUGUUUCAAGUACGCCUCAGUUAAUAAACUUGUUAACAAACAAAUACAUUUGACGUUGCUGGAAAUUUCAAAAAACUAUAUUCAUUCAUCAUUCGGUGUUGUUAAAGAGGAAAAAUUUCCAGGUGUCGAGCAAUUUUUUUCCGAAAAUGUAUAUGACGCUCUUCGGAAAGGAUUUCAUGAAGGUAUUGAUGUAAUAAAUGGAUAUACUGAAAACGAAGGUAUUAUAUUUCUAGCAGGAGGUCGCGACAUGAAAGCAAUAUUAUCCCAGGCUAAUAAUUACCCGGAGUGUUUCGUACCUAAACCAUUUGAAUUACACUGCCCAAUAAGCACACAAUUAGAAAUUGGACAAAAAAUUAAAAAAUAUUAUUUUCAAAACUCAAAUGUAUCUAAUGAUACAAUGGAUCAAUUCCUAAAAUUCGUAAGUGCAGAGUCCUUUAUAUAUCCAGCCAUAUUGAUGCAGAAAACAGUGGCGAAAUUAAAAAAAAAUAAAAUGUACCUUUACAAAUUCACAUGUAAAUCUGAGCGAAAUAUCUUUACGCAAUAUAUUAAGGUAUCAGAUAUGUUUAAAAAUGUAACAGUAGUAUGUCACGGUGAUGAUUUGCCUUACAUUUUUCCUUUUCGAGAACUCAACCAGGAAAUUGAAAUUAAUUCAAGGGCUUAUAAGAUGAUAGACAAAGUUACCAAGUUGUGGACAAAUUUUGCCAAAUUUGGAAAUCCUACACCAGAUGGAUUCAAAGGACUUAAAUGGAACCCAUACACAACAGAAGACGAACACUUUAUGGACAUUGGGGAAGACCUUAAAAUUGGUUGUUCACCGGAUGAAGAUGAGGUGGAGUUUUGGAACAAUAUUUUCAAAGAAUACUAUCCUCAUAUUUCAAUUACAAUAGAAACGUGUCAUUUAUCAAAUCAUCCUUUAUCACAAUUAAUUCAAGUAGAAGUUAGUGAAGGUAUACUAGAAGGUGAAAUUGUAAACAAUGAAUAUGGAUGUCCCUUCUUCAGCUUCAAGGGCAUCCCUUACGCUGAGCCCCCAAUCGGCGAUCUAAGAUUCAAGGCAAUGGAUAUGUGUAAUUUGUUAUAUCUUCUUUUAUCACGACUAAUUCAAGUAGAAGUUAGUGAAGGUAUAUUAGAAGGUGAAGUUGUAGGCAAUGAAUAUGGAUGUCCUUUCUUCAGCUUCAAGGGUAUCCCUUACGCUGAGCCACCAGUGGGCGACCUAAGGUUCAAGGCUCCUCUACCUAAGAAACCUUGGCAAGGAGUUCGUAAUGCCACAGAACAUGGCUCAAGUUGUUUUAAAUAUGAAAUGUUCACAAACGAAACCCAGGUACCUGAUGGAAGUGAAGAUUGCUUGUAUCUAAAUGUUUACGCUCCAAAUAUUGCCCCCUUAAAACCAUUACCUGUAAUGGUUUUCAUACACGGGGGUGGUUUUUCCAGUGGCAGCGGCGAUGAUACAGAAUACAGUCCCAAAUUUUUAGUAAGAAAAGACGUCGUCGUCGUUACCUUGAACUAUAGACUAGAAGUUUUAGGUUUUCUCUCUCUAGACACGGAAGAUAUCCCCGGUAACGCCGGAAUGAAAGACCAAGUAGCUGCGUUGAGAUGGAUUAAAAAGAAUAUCAAACAUUUUGGCGGCGACCCUGAUAAUAUUACCAUAUUCGGUGAAAGCGCUGGCGGUGCCAGUGUUUCUUUUCAUUUAGUAUCACCCAUGAGCAAAGGACUUUUCAAAAGAGCUAUCACUCAAAGUGGCACUCUAACGUCAUGGUGGCCAAACACGUUUAGAGCGCGUGACAGAGCUUUACUACUUGCUAAAGAAUUAGGCUGCUUUUCGACAAACGACAAAGAAAUUUAUGAGUGUUUAAAAGCCCAACCUAUUGAAAAUUUUGUUAAAAGGAAGAUACCUGUAACAUAUGUACAGUCGGCAAAAGAAGGUCCCAAUGUUUACUUUGGUAUAGUUCAAGAAACAAAAUUCGGUGACAAUGAAAGAUUCUUUUAUGGACACCCAUUUGAAGCCCUCCGAAAUGGUAUACAUGAAGGAGUUGAGGUUAUGAAUGGUUACACAGAGGACGAAGGAAUACUAUAUUUAUCUAUGGGUAUUGAUGUUGAUAAAGUAUUUGAUCAAGCUAACAAUUUCUUAGAAUUUUUUGUACCUGAACCGUACACUACGAACACUCCGUUGACAACCCAAAUGGAAAUAGGCAGAAGAUUUAAAGAUUACUAUUUGAAGAAUAAAACUGCUUCGAGAGACAAUUUAGAUGAUUUAUUAAGAUAUUUUAACAUGGAGCUAUUUACAUAUGGGACAAUAAGUCAAGAAAUAAUGAUUGCCAAGAAAAAUAAGAACAAAAGUUUUUUGUAUAAAUUUUCGUGUAAAUCUGAGCUGAAUUUAUUUACUUUCAUGACAGGAUUAGACCAACUAUUCAAUUAUAGGCCAGUGGUCGCUCAUGCUGAUGAUCUUGGUUAUAUAUUUACAUUAAAAGAAGUUAAUAUGAAUUCACCUACAUUUAAAAUGAUCGAACAGGUGACAACGCUGUGGACGAACUUUGCAAAAUACGGUGAUCCAACACCUGAUAACAGUCUUGGUGUGAAAUGGCUUCCGUAUACAAUGGAAAACCAAGAUUACUUAGACAUCGGAGAGAAUUUAGUUCCUAAACGAUAUCCAGAAAAAGAAGACAUGGAAUUUUGGAAGAGUAACUUUAAGGAAUUUCUACCCCAAUAUGUACCUUAGAAUUGACGUAAAAUUGUAUCAUUAGA